AACGCAACCGAUGGGAAUAAUUGUCUAAGCUAUGCGUGGAAAGAAACGGAGGAUUUUUUCGUUGUUUAGAGAGAGAAAAGUUUCGGGCCCUUCUCACACCUUUGACAAAUAGCAAAAGUCCAAGCGGAAAGGAUAGCGGUUUCCAGUUUCUGGUUUCCUGUUUCCGCGGGAUCCAAUGCCCAUUUGCUCACACCACUAAAGAUAUUACCAUUCCUACCCCUGGUCGUAUAAAGAAAGUUUCAAGCCCAGCUCCCUCUGCCUUCUGCAAAAAGUCAGCGCCGCACUUUGCCCCCUAAGCCGCCCAUAAAUUCUCCGGCGGAGUUACCAACAAAGUCAACGCCACGCCUCUGUUCCUCCAUCUCUUCAUCUCUGCGCCUUCUCUGCUUAUCUUUUUUUUCUAGAACCAUGUCGUCGUCUUGGUGGUUACCGGUGGAAGGCGAUGAGGAUGGCUGGGAUUUGUACGCGGUGGUGCGAAGCUGCCGGCCGGCGAAAUCCUCGGCCUCCGUGCCACCUCUUCCUCCAUGGGAACCUCUCAUACUUCAGUCAACGGAACCUCUGCUUCCGUCCCACCGCACAGAUCUGAUAGACUCGAGCAACGCUGUUCAAGAGCUGGAGGAGCUCUGUAAACCUUUCCUGCCCACAACCCAGCAGCCAAAAUUCCAGCUUUCGCCCAGCUCUGCCUCGACGGCGACGGUGCCUCCGCGCUCACAGUUUCCCCGCACAAAAAGAAGGAAGAAUCAGCAGAAGCGAAUGGUUUGCCAAGUUCUGGCCGAUGGGCUCUCCGGCGACCUGUGGGCUUGGCGGAAGUACGGACAGAAGCCGAUUAAGGGUUCUCCUUAUCCAAGGGGAUAUUACCGUUGCAGCAGCUCUAAGGGGUGUUUAGCUCGGAAACAAGUUGAGCGGAGCAGAACUGAUCAAGGAAUGUUUGUGAUAACUUACACUGGAGAGCACAACCAUCCGCUUCCCACCCACCGGAACUCUCUGGCUGGAAGCACGCGGCAGAAAUUUCCCUCCGCCGGAGGGGAGGGAGGUGGGGGGAAUCUUCCGGAGCCGUCGACGUCCGCCGGAGAAGGAAGUGUUCGUCUUUCGCCGAACACGCCGCUUACGUCUGGCACGGAGGAGGAUCUCUUUCGGCCACGGAAGAAGAAGAAGCAGGAAGGUAGCACCGACGAGGACGAGGAGGAGGAGGAGGCGGAGGUGGGGGAAGAGGAGGAUGAACUGGAUAUGCUUUUGGUGGAGGACAUGGAGCUUGUCGGAGAAGAUGAGUUUCUGUUCAUGGGAUUUGAAGAGCUACAGGUCUCCUCCUCGCCGGCCGUCGAUGAACUAAAGGUAUCCUCGUCGCCGGCCGUCCAUGAGCUCCUUUCCUGGGAUGGUGAACCUCAGCAAACCGGAACGCCGCCGUGGCCUCCGGCGAUGGCUGAUUAGCUUAGAAUUAUACCGAAUUUGUUAUCACUGGUUCUAUUGAUGAUGAUUAUUUUUUAUUUUGUUAUGCUAUCCGAUAAUUGAAAAUGAUGUGAAGCUGAUUAUAAUUAGCAUAAUAGUUAAUUAUGGUAAUUA